GAGUGACCACACACCAGCAGGACAACGAAAAUAUAGAUUUGAACAAUUAAUACAGACCCGUUACUUCGUACUGACAUCGCCUGCACACAAUGAAGGCUGUAGCGUUGCUCUUAGCUCUAGUGGCGUUCACAUCAGGAUAUGUCAUAAAAAGACAAAAAAAUAAUAAUUGGUUUCAAGCCUGGGAUGGAAACAUUUUACUAAGAGAAAAUGGAAGACCACCAGUUGGCGACAGACCAGAAUUUCUUCUUGCAAAUUGGGAGAGGCCAGAUGGUGAGAGACCAGAUGGUGACAGGGAACGCAAAGAAAAUGGAAGACCACCAGUUGGCGACAGACCAGAUUUUCUUCUUGGAGAGAGGCCAGAUGGUGAGAGACCAGAUGGUGACAGGGAACGCAAAGAAAAUGGAAGACCACCAGUUGGCGACAGACCAGAAUUUCUUCUUGGAGAGAGGCCAGAUGGUGAGAGACCAGAUGGUGAUAGAGAACGCAAAGAAAAUGGAAGACCACCAGUAGGCGACAGACCAGAUUUUCUUCUUGGAGAGAGGCCAGAUGGUGAGAGACCAGAUGGUGACAGGGAACGCAAAGAAAAUGGAAGACCACCAGUUGGCGACAGACCAGAUUUUCUUCUUGGAGAGAGGCCAGAUGGUGAGAGACCAGAUGGUGAUAGAGAACGCAAAGAAAAUGGAAGACCACCAGUAGGCGACAGACCAGAUUUUCUUCUUGGAGAGAGGCCAGAUGGUGAGAGACCAGAUGGUGACAGGGAACGCAAAGAAAAUGGAAGACCACCAGUAGGCGACAGACCAGACUUUCUUCUUGGAGAGAGGCCAGAUGGUGAGAGACCAGAUGGUGACAGGGAACGCAAAGAAAAUGGAAGACCACCGGUAGGUGACAGACCAGAUUUUCUUCUUGGAGAGAGGCCAGAUGGUGAGAGACCAGAUGGUGACAGGGAACGCAAAGAAAAUGGAAGACCACCAGUUGGCGACAGACCAGAAUUUCUUCUUGGAGAGAGGCCAGAUGGUGAGAGACCAGAUGGUGACAGGGAACGCAAAGAAAAUGGAAGACCACCAGUUGGCGACAGACCAGAUUUUCUUCUUGGAGAGAGGCCAGAUGGUGAGAGACCAGAUGGUGACAGGGAACGCAAAGAAAAUGGAAGACCACCAGUUGGCGACAGACCAGAUUUUCUUCUUGGAGAGAGGCCAGAUGGUGAGAGACCAGAUGGUGAUAGAGAACGCAAAGAAAAUGGAAGACCACCAGUAGGCGACAGACCAGAUUUUCUUCUUGGAGAGAGGCCAGAUGGUGAGAGACCAGAUGGUGACAGGGAACGCAAAGAAAAUGGAAGACCACCAGUAGGCGACAGACCAGACUUUCUUCUUGGAGAGAGGCCAGAUGGUGAGAGACCAGAUGGUGACAGGGAACGCAAAGAAAAUGGAAGACCACCGGUAGGUGACAGACCAGAUUUUCUUCUUGGAGAGAGGCCAGAUGGUGAGAGACCAGAUGGUGACAGGGAACGCAAAGAAAAUGGAAGACCACCAGUAGGCGACAGACCAGAUUUUCUUCUUGGAGAGAGGCCAGAUGGUGAGAGACCAGAUGGUGACAGGGAACGCAAAGAAAAUGGAAGACCACCAGUAGGCGACAGACCAGAUUUUCUUCUUGGAGAGAGGCCAGAUGGUGAGAGACCAGAUGGUGACAGGGAACGCAAAGCCUUCAGCCCUAAACCAAUGCCUGAUUGGUUUUAGGAAUCGGCAGUCAGAGAAAAUUUUUUUUUUCAAUUUUUUAAAAAUUCUUUAAAAAUGUAAAUAUUCUCUAAAAAUGGAUGUAUUGUUUUAAAAGAAUAAAUAUUGCAC